CAGGAUGAACCGGUGAACGAUGGAACGACCGAUGCUGUCGAAUAUGCUCGGCCACGCCACUACCGACCUCGAUCGGCAUAGCCAUUGUUGCCGUCGGUACAUACCGCCGCCGCGUGGGCGGAGCCGCCUGCUAUCAGAUCUAUGCUCCUUCGUAUUCUAAAUCUCACUCUCAGUGACCGCGAGAACAAUCAAUCAUCGCUUAUAAGCCGAGGAUUCACUGAGAGUUGUGGUGCCUACUUGCAGUAAUAUGAUCAAGGAAUUUAAAGAGUGGAGAGUGUGCUUCUCUUGAGGUGUCAAGAAGUCGUUGGCCACCUGUUUUGAUGGAAUAGAGAAUCUGCCUUUGUUUGGGUCAAUGUCAGACUGGAAGAGCUUCUUUUGGAUGAUUUUCUAGCAUCUGACUUCUGUAGUGGUUGUGCUUUCAGCAGCCGAGGAUUCACUGAGAGCUGCGGUGCCUACUUGCAGUAAUAUGAUCAAGGAAUUUAGAGUGAUUGUGUUGAAAGAUGAACCAUGGCAAGGCAGAGCUCUUGGGAGGGUUGAGCCCUAAAGGCCCAAAGCUGGACGAGGUCGCCUUUGAUCAACCUAUUCCGAUCCCUGACCUCAUUCCAAUUGGUGAUCAAAUUGUAAAUGCAGUUGGCGGACAUAUCCCACUUCCUCAGGGUGAUAGGGCAGACAGAGGUGCCGUCAGGUUGAAUCAAUGGAACAUUUUCAAUCCUUGUUCCACAGUGGAGAGUGUGCUUCUCUUUGGGUGUCAAGAAAUCGUUGGCCACCUGUUUUGAUGGAAUAGAGAAUCUGCCUUAGUUUGGGUCAAUGUCAGACUGGAAGAGCUUCUUUUGGAUGACGAGAACCGCCUCCUCCUCCCUCCCUUUCAUCUCCCUCACUUUACGCUUGAACUCUGGUGGCAGCUCCACCGCUGCGGAACAAGAAGCACUGUUACUAGUCACCUUCCUCCUCUUGUUCUUGUCGUCUUUGUUCAAUGGAUGAGGGUGACUUGCAGAAGGGCAAUCUGAGCAGCAUGCAAGAGCUAGUCGAAUGGAGUCAGUGUUUGCUGCGGCUGAUGGAUGGGAAAGACGGGUCUCAAAAACCCAUCUUUGAUGUCACAUCGUGGCCGCAUCCUGGUAGGGAGAGACCUCUUUUUCUUGGGGGGAUUGCAACCAAGAAGGUGAUGAUCAUAUUCUUCUCCUCCUUUUUCUUUCAAGAAUGCCAUCUCUAUCUCGCUUCAGCAGAGAAUCGAAUGGAAAUUGAAGAGAACAAGAAAGCAAUUGAGAGAAUUUGGAGGCGGAGGCUAAAGAUUAAGUUCUUGAACCAUUGUCAAAAGGGGAAUGCCUCUUCUUCUUCUAAUCCUACUGAUGCUGAGGUCUUUUCACUUGCAAAAGAGAUCUGGGGACUUGGUGGAGUGGCUGUUGAACAGAAUGGUGGAAAGGGGGAGGAGGAGGGUAUUUGGACAGGUAAUCCAGCCCUCCCUUCUCCCUUUCAACUUCAGCUACACCAUUCAUAGUAACCAGUUUGCCGUUUCCCUUUCCAUCUGUCUGUUCAUUUGCCCCAUCAACCGCUGUGGUCUGAGUAUCCUCUCUCUCAACAGCAGGGGUCUGAAUAUCUUUAGUAGCAGCAGUAUGAGUCUUUUUAUUAGAACCACUCGUAUUUUUAACCUCCAGAGGCCUUUUCCCCUUUCCACCAUUUUGUUCAACAGCCACUCCACCAGGUCCCAGAUCUCUUUUGCAAGUGAAAAGACCUCAGCAUCAGUAGGAUUAGAAGAAGAAGAGGCAUUCCCCUUUUGACAAUGGUUCAAGAACUUAAUCUUUCAGCCCCGUUUGGUACACGGAAUUCAAAUUAUGGAAUUGGAAUUGAAGACUUCAAUUCCAAUUCUCGUGUUUGGUGUCACAAAAAUUAUGUGGAUUUGGAAUUGGUAGUUCAAAAAAUGAAUUGGAAUUGGUGAAUUCAAUUCUAUGGAUUUGAAUCCCAUGGAAUUUUAAUUCCAAUUCAAUUCCAAUUCCAUCAAUUCCGUGUACCAAACGGACCCUUAGAGAAUUUGGUCUCCAAUUCAAUUCGGCAGCAAGAGAUUCGAAUUGAAGAACAAGGAAGCUUACGGAGAGAAAUUGGAAACGAGGGAGGCGCGCCGCAAAUCCACCUGAAAGCGCACUUACUGGCGAGAGUUUAAUGGGG